GUGCUGUCCAGUUUUCGCCAAUGGCUGGGCUUUUGCCAAGCCGUUCGAUAUUUCUUCUAUGUCUACACCCCGGAACACAAUGUGCAUCGGCAAGCUGGCAGAUCGCUUGUCCUCCUGCAUUACAUCGCAGCUACCGGCAUGUGGUUACUUUUAUGGCUACGGCUCUAUCAGAGGUGGCGCAAGCGAUGCUCCGUCCACCGAUACGGCUACCAGCAAAUCCGCCGCCUCCACCCCACCUGUGCUUGAGCUUUUGGAUAUUUUGACACAUAUCAAAACAGUGAUGAGCACUAAAUUACCUCCACUGAUGCUCGCCGUCUACAAAGACAUGCUCACCCAUACGAUCAACAAGCAUAAUCUGAAUGCCACUAUGCCUACUAUCUCUGGCGACUUGAAGGAGGAUAUAGCCAACCAGUGUGAUGCAAUGUCAAAAUUCUCCGAAAAGGCUGAGAUGUUUAUCCAAACUACCUCCAAACUUGUAGCUGAGUAUAUAGAAUUCACUUCUGACAUCAUCCAAAGCUCUACGCAAACUGUCAAGGACACGUCUGAUAAUAUUCUAAAUGAUCCCCAGAUGGUGCCGUUCAAUAUCGCAGAUUUUGCUGUCGGACCGAGUAAAUAUCUAACCAAAUUAGCACCAGAGUCGAUGCCUUCUUCACAACGAGUGAGGUAUUGGAAGGCUCUACUUUGCUUAUACGCCCCUCCUCUUGUGCAGUAUUUUGUUGAAACAGAAAUCAAGGAUAUAACCGGUCUCACAGAUAUGCUAUGCAAACUUAAUAGGGCUUUCACUAUUAACUCCUCCAUCCAAACUAUUAAUCAAGAAAGGGAGUUCGCAAAUUCAAGUGAUGUUGAGUUGCGUGAUAUCGUAGCAAAGUUUACCGUGCAUCAAAACUACAACUUGCACAACAAGUUCUGCGGUGUUGCGAUGCUGGCUGCUGUUUGUACACAUUCUCAGCAAAUGAGAAUUGUGAAAAUGCUUGGACCAAAGAAUCUACAACCAUUAGCAUCCAUUAACUUUCGUGGCUAUUACUAA